UGUGAAUUUUAAAGCUGGAAUAUUCUACUGUUUAAAUGGAAAAAGUCUUUAUUAGUUUUACAUUUUCUUUGCUUCUGUUACUACGGCGUAGAUAUGCACUCUUUGUUAACUUUACAUAUGAUUUUUAAUCUUUAUUUAAACUAAAAUGACAGUAAAACAGACAUCAUAUCAUGAAACAAGGAAAUGAAACUGAUGAACAUGUACUUCUGCAAUCCACAUGCUACUUCUCUCCUACAGCCAUUCUUGUUCUGUGAACCCGCCACUUUGAUGCUUAUUAUGUGUGACUUCAGUCACUUGGACUUUUUUUUUCAUUCUUUUUUUUAACUGGUAGAUAUAAAUAGGAAGGAAAUAAAAUAAGCUUGCGCUACAAAAGUGCAGUGAAUUUUUCCAUUUGAAAGAUUUCAAAGUACAAAAGUUAACUGGUUUACAAGGUUUCAGAGAUCACAGGGGAUUGAUACAGUCCACACAUGAUGACUUUCACCUGUUGGCUUCACCUGCUGCUUCUCUGUCUGUGCUGCCAUCAUGACAUCCAAGUUGCCGCAAGCAAACCUUUUUGGAUGUCACAGAAGUUCCCCUGUGAUGUCACAGCCCCCAAUACCUCUGAGGUCCUGUUUGACUGUAAAGGCCGUCAUCUGAAAAAAUUACCUUAUGGAAUAACCAGUAAUGCAACUGGUCUUGAUUUAUCAGAAAAUUUUAUCAAGACCGUUGCAGUCAAUACAUUUUCACACCUGCCAAAUCUGACUCGGCUCAACCUCAGCUGGGCAAACAAGAAGAAGGGAUCAAUCAUUGAAGACAAUGCUUUCAAAAACCUAACAAAACUGCAUAAGCUGAAACUGGCCGGCAAUUGUCUGAAAGGAAUUCCUGGCAAUCUCCCUGUCAGUGUGGAAAUCCUUGAUCUACAUAAUAACAAGAUUAUGUACCUGGACAACAACAGCUUUGCUGGCUUAACAAACUUGACACAACUGGUGUUAUCCAGAAACUGCUAUAUGUGGAACCCAUGUAAGAAAAAUGUCCAAAUAAUGGAUAACACCUUCACUGGCAUGACCAAACUGGAGGCUUUGGACUUGUCAUUUAACAAUUUAAGCCAGGUUCCCCAAGGAUUACCCCAAUCACUAAUCAUUCUGAAUCUUGGUUCUAACAAAAUACAACACAUGUAUAAAGGUGACUUCCAAGGGUUGCAAAACUUACAGGUCCUUAGCAUACAAGGGAACUGUCCAAGAUGUCACAAUGCUCCAUUUCCCUGUGUACCUUGCCCCAACGUUUCACUUGUAAUUGAUGCGGAUGCAUUUAAAAAUUUAACACAACUUGAGCAACUGAACCUGGGAGGAAACUCACUGCAGUACCUGAAUCCCUCUUGGUUUGAGAAGCUAAACAAGCUUAAAAGACUAUCAGUGUCAUUUAACUUCUUACUAAAAGCAAUUACUGAGGAGGCCACGUUUCUAACACACCUUCCCAGUCUAGAAGUAAUUAAUUUGUCUUUCAACUAUGCUUUAAGUCUUUACCCUACAACAGUCAAUCUUUCUAAAGAGUUUUCAACUCUUACAUCGUUAAGAACUUUGCAUAUGGAGGGUUUGGUCUUCCAAAAAUUAGGACUAGACACACUAAGACCUCUGUAUGAGCUUAAACAUCUGUCUACAUUAAACUUGGGGACAAAUUUUAUUAUUCAGUCAGAUUCCAACAUAUUUAGACAUUUUCAUCAUUUGAAAACAAUAUAUCUUGCAGAAAACAGGCUGUAUCCCACUCCAGGGACAAACACCCAAAGUCCAAAUGGUGGAUACCAGCAGAGGUCGGACAUUUCCAUUUCACCAAUCGCAAAACACCAUCCAAAAGAUUUUACUUAUGACAUAACACACGGAUUAAUAAAGCAGGAGUGCUUUGACUCUGGACGAGUUCUUAUCCUCAGCGCAAAUAACUUGUUCUUCAUUUCUCCACAGCAGUUUGAGGGCUAUGGAGAUAUUGCCUGUCUCAACCUUUCAGGGAAUGGAUUUUCAGCAGCACUUAAUGGCACAGAGUUUUCCUUGCUGCCUAAUCUAACUUACUUGGACUUGUCAUUUAAUAAGAUCGAUCUAGCAUAUGACAACGCCUUCAAAGAACUGCAGAAACUACAAGUGCUAGAUCUCAGUCACAAUGAGCACUACUUUAAAGCAUUUGGGAUAACACACAAUUUGAAUUUCAUGGAAAACCUGCCUGUUCUGAGAGUGCUGAAUAUGAGUUAUAACUCCAUUUCUAAGUUAACAACAAAACAAAUGAAAAGCAAAUCACUAGCAGAACUUAAGUUUAGGCACAACUUUCUUGGAACUCUUUGGAAAGAAAGAGAUGGCUCAUAUGAGAAACUUUUCUAUGGCCUCACUAAUUUGACUAAUUUAGAUAUAUCUCAAAACAAAAUUGGGAAGAUUCCACUGAGUGUUUAUGAAAAUUUGCCUCGUAACCUCAUCAAACUUUGUAUCAGUCAUAACUUUCUGACCGACUUUUCAUGGACGUCACUUAAGUUUUUCCACCAACUUCAAAUUUUAGACCUGAGCUUUAACUCUUUGUCUCACGUGGCAGGCAUUAACUCAAACAUCACCCAGACUUUGAUUUUCCUUGAUCUAAGUCAUAACCAUAUUUUUCACUUGGAAACUGGAUUUUUUACUGGGCCAAAAAGCCUCAAGACUCUUAGCCUGAGCUACAACAAACUGACUACCAUUAAUCAAUCUACCUUUCAGCCAGGGCCUGAGAACCAACUGAAGACUUUGCUUUUGCAGAAGAACCCAUUCCAAUGUACUUGUGAUUCAUUAGACUUCAUUUUAUGGAUUGAAAGUAGUAAUGUAAAGAUUCCCAGGUUAACAACUGCAGUUAAAUGUGACACACCAGUAAACCAAAGAGAUAAAGCACUGAUAUACUUUGAUAUUAUGGAGUGUGUAAAUGACAGUCAAGCAUUCCUGAUGUACAUUAUAACAACUUCUUUCAUUAUUAUGUUUAUGUUUGUGGCAACAGCUUCUCAGUUAUUCUAUUGGGAUGCGUCCUAUAUGCUGCACUAUGUGAAAGCUAAGCUGAAGGGAUACAGAUCCUUGCACUCAACACAUAAUGUUUAUGAUGUCUUUGUGGCAUAUGACACCAAAGAUCCACAUGUCUCUGAGUGGGUGAUGAAGAACCUUCGGGUGAAACUGGAAGAAGAAGGAGAGAAGCAUCUUCCUUUGUGUCUGGAGGAGAGGGAUUGGCCCCCAGGGGUUCCGCUGGUGGACAAUCUCACACAAAGCAUCCAAUACAGUCGCAAGACUAUGUUUGUCUUGACAGAGGGCUAUGUUAAGACUGGUACAUUCAAGCUGGCAAUGUAUCUGGCCCAUCAAAGACUGCUGGAUGAAAAUGUGGAUGUGAUUGUGCUGCUGAUGCUGGAGCCUGUCCUGCAGCAUUCUCACUUCCUGCGACUGAGGAGGCGGCUGUGUGGGAAAAGUGUUAUGGAGUGGCCAAGAACAGCAGCCGCAGAGCCCUGGUUUUGGCAAAACCUGAGAAAUGUCAUGAGAGUGGAUAAUCAAUUGAUGUACAACAAGACCUAUUCAAAUUAUUUCACCAGCAAGUAGCCUAAGGCAGGAUGCCAAUCUGGGAAUUGUUUAUGAUGUUACUUUCUCUGCAGUAGUUGAAAUCAUUGUUUUGCAUUGUACAUAUGUGUUUGUGAAUUAAAAUAAUUGUUUCAGCAGCUCUCAUGGCACAAAAUGUUACUUUUGCAGUGUGUGUGUUAAUAAUACUGCAUUUAAAUAAAUGAGUU